AUGCUUAGUGAGGUUACAAGUUUCAAUCAAAGCAACAAAAGCGCCGAUGACUCGACUGUUUCACGAUCCAGUCAGCCCUCUGUGGCAAGAGAGAUCAAUAACUACGUGACAACAACUAUACAUUCACUACAGUUUAAUACGGCACGAUUAGGAUGGAGGUGGUAUAUAGGAACAUUAAUACCUCAAAUUAUUUACUUGUGGUGUGUGAUAUUUAUGCCAACAGCGAGGAAUUACAAUUGGGGAAGUGUUGGCUCUAUUAUUUUUGAUAUUCUGAACUUUCCGUCAACUUUUUUUGUUCACUGGCUGGGCUAUAUGGAAGGAACAAUUAUUACAUGCUUGAUCAUAGCAUUUGUUGCACUGUGCUAUUUGGUAUGGAUGAUUUCACUGUGGGCUACCAAUAAUGCUCACAGCCAUACGUCAAAAGUCAAAGCAAUAUUGUAUUUGUUUGGAAUCAUUUCUCAAACCUUCUCUAUUUUUUUCAUGUUUGCUAUGGCUGGCUUUUAUGAUUGUAGCAGAACACGCAUCAUUACUGAAACACUAGAAUUGACCUUGAAUAGAUUUCCAUCUAUGUCUUGUAGUGGAUCACAAAACACCGUUUUGAUGGCUCUUUCUAUUGUAGCCACUCUUGGUUUAUUCAUGUUCGUGCUAUUCUCGCGACUGGUUACCCAUGAUUUACAUCCACUGAGCUUUACUCCUUUGGUUGCUUCACAUCCCUAUAUUUUAGUAUUGUUGGAUAUAAUUUCAAUGCUAGGGCUUGUUGGAAUGUUUGCAAUUCCUAUCGAAUACUCGUAUGCUGCCAUUACCUUCAAUACUCUACUGUCCUUACUCUUCCUGUUGUUGACAGUGAAAAGUUGUCCCUUCUUUAGACGCAUGGAUAACUCUUUAAUGGUUGGUGUAGGCUGUGCAAGGUUGGGAGCUUGUGUGGGGACGUUAGUGAAUUUUAUUGUGAACCCAAAGCAAGAUCUAUACUUGGGAAUUGAGAUAGGUGUUGUUUUAACAUUGGGUCUUGUUAUUUGUGGAUUCGUUGGUGGAUUUUUGGCAACUGAAGCUUAUUUAUUUUUCAUUAUCAAAUCCGUGAGGGGUAGAAUUAUGGAAGCCAUAGCGCAACACAUUGACAACAGUCCUCAAGGAGUUUCACUUUAUAACAACAAGAAAGCCAUUCUUACAUUAUUAGACAAUAAGGCGUUAGUAAUAUUCCAGGAAAUGAAAGAAGAAAACAGAUUGUCUCAUUUACGCUCUUUUUUUAAGUUUUGCAACAAGUCUUCAUUUGCCACUGUGAUUGCUGGUCUAAAAACGGAUGAAGGUGACGAUAUUGUGCUCACAGAAAAAGAUUUGGUCUUGACCUUUUCCAAAGUGUUUGCCUUAAGAAAAUCGACAGAUACUGAUUUACUUUAUUAUGCUGCAUUAUUAAUGGGAUAUGACCACAGAAAUGAAGGAAGUUUUAACACAACACAAGCACUCGAAUUAAUGAAUCGAGUAUCCAAAAACACCAAAAAUAGUCUGUUUAGAAUGAUUGUGGAAUAUCGAGUUAAGGAAUUGCAGCAUUAUGCUGCAGAAUUACAUACUGUUAUUGAGGCGGACGCGAAUGAAGCGGACUCGAAAGUACAAAGUGUGAAGCUUGCUCAGGAAAUAUUGGUUAGUUUACAUAGAGACUUUUUUAAGGAAAUGAUAAGCGAUCCUGUAAAGACAAGUAGUCUCGAAAAGAUAACAAAAAAGAUUACUGAGGUGGUCAGUGAAUGCGACCAACUAUAUAAGGAGCUAUUAGUGAACAAGAAGAAUACCACAUACUUGAGAAUGUAUGCAUCAUAUGUAGAAAAUUUCCAAUUCGAUAAGGAACUAGCUCAGACUAUUAUCAUGGAGGCAAGUCAAAUGGAGGAAGAACAGAGACUUGCACAAUUCGUUUCCUUUCGUAAAAACUCUCUCUCAAAACAAAACAACCAGCUUGUUCCAACCAACGAUUCUAUGAGAUGCGACAGUAACAUGUCCUCCAACAAGAAGUACAAACUUUCUACAGAAAAUCCCCAUACCACCGUGAAUGAGCAAGAUAGCAAAGCGCAAGAAAUACUCGAUAAUUUAGAAAGUGCAAGUUCUGUUGGCUUUGAGUAUGAACAGAAAAAGGACUUUCUGUUCAGAAACGCAUUGAAAACUCGAGUUUCCAAUACUAUCCAAUUUUUCUCGUUUUAUCUGUACAUUAUUAUGUGCAUUGCUUUGAUUAUUGGAGGAAUUGUGCUACACAUUGUAGAUAGUGCUCAAAUCAAGAAUAAUAUUGUAAAUUUGCGAUUUGUGUGUAUGCCUCAAACCACUCCACUCUCCGUAAUGAGAAACAUUAGAAGUAUGCAAAAUUUUGUUAAUAUUUUCCUGAAUUAUGAAUAUGACUGGCCUUUGUAUCAUGACGGACACUCGUUACCAAGCAAAAAGGAAUACGUGAAUUAUUUUUUUGAACGAGUCUCUAACGAUAAGACUAUUCUUCAUCAACUGAUCGAAUUAGGACAGGCUGUUCAAUUUGACGCCGUCACUUAUACAGAGUAUGGUAAAAGCAUGUACACUACAUAUGUUCCUGGUUUUGAAUCGUCAUCAGGGAUGGGUAAAACAUUUACAGGAACUCCACAGCCAAGAAAUGUCUCCAUUAUUGAAAUUACAAACUCUAUUCUCAAAUAUAGCGAGCAAAUAAUUAAUGAGGACUUCCCAGGUUCAUAUCUGAGCGAAGCUUUGAAUAUGAACUCCCUCAACACAUCAGCAGGUAGAGAAAUGGUUGCUAAGAUUAUGAAUUCAACAUUUAUGGGAUCUGUUUCAUCUUUUAAUUUCAUGUAUUUAUGGAUUAACAAGCUUGAUUUUAGCGACAUUUACGAAGGUUUCUGCAAUCGAUACGUGGAAAAAUCAAAAGAUGGUACCAGAUUAUUGAUGUUACACUCCCAGAUUUACUUUUUUGUUUCCUUAGGUCUGAGUUGUGUGAUUGGAUUGAUUCUCAAUGUUAUUAUUUUCCAAAAUCAAAUGUAUUUCAGAAGAUUGAUGAAAUUACUCGAAAGGCAAACAACAAAAGAAAUGAUUGGAAAGAUAUAUCACACUCUCAGCAAAAAGACGUCUGUUGAGGCCUCGCUAGACACUACCGUUGCUUCCAAAGCGUUCAAAUCAAAAUAUGCACCACUUGUGGUCAUUUGCUUCUUGUCCUUGCUUGUACCACUGUGUGUAGGAUUAUUUUAUUUAGAGACAUUCAAAAACGCCAAAAACGCUUUGUUUACAUUUACUAAUGUUGGACUAUCAGCAAAUGUUAUCGAACACAUGCAACGAAACUCGUUUUAUUUAGGAGAGUUACUAACUAAUUUUGGAUUGAAGAACUAUGUUGACACCAUCGAUGUGAAAUAUGGGAGCAAGUAUUUAUCAAUAGCUAAAACUAUUGAUGAGCUGUAUAGCUUGAUUCGAUAUGAGACUGAUAUGGUAGCCGCAAACUGGAAUGAGCUAAUUUAUGGAGAUGUAACAAAACCCGAUGAUGAUCCCGUCAUAGGCUUGUAUCCUUCUUUGGACAAGUUGCUGAAGAGUGGUGUUGCUGCCAAUUGCACAGAGUAUUUAGCUUCACAUAACUUGACUUUGAAUUUGAAAACAAGUAUUCAAUAUUGCUUGGGAAUUGAGAAAGUAAUGACAGAUUAUCUAACAGAAACUACUGAAGUUUGUGAACACACACGAAACGCUUAUCUCAAUCAACUUAACUCAUCCAAAAAUAUGGACCCAACAGAAAUAUUUAUGGAGCAUAACCUUGUCAGCAUGAUUUCAUAUCCGCUGAGUGACAAACUUGUCAUUUACAUGAACGAAUUUAUUAGAGUGUCUGGAGAGCUAUCACUCGUUUUAUUGCUUGUUUUUAGUAGUUGUGGGCUAUUGUUGACCUUAGUUUUUGGAAAGGUUUUACAUUCCAUGCUAAAGAAUGCAGCAGACCAUUAUCAACAAACCAGAAUACUAUUGAAUUAUAUUCCUACCGAUUUUGUAGAUCGAAAUGAAACUCUCAGAAACUUGAUUUUAUAUCAUCAAUUUCCCAAUCCAAUCAUGCAAAAGUUUUCAAAUCGCAGAAUACAUCCAGGUAGCUCUGACGAUGAAGGUUCUGUUUUUAAAGGUGUAUCUAACAUUAUUAACUCUAACGUUGAUGGAUCAGCAAUCAUCAACGCGCAGGGAGAGGUUGAGUUAUGCAACCCUUCUGCAUUGCGGAUGUUUGGACUGUCAAGCGUUGAUAUUUUAGGAAAUUCUAUUUACAGCUUAUUUUCUCCAGGAGAGUGUCAAACUCAAGUGAAGAAAGUGGUAGGCUCUCUUUUUGAACAAAGCAAACGAUCAAGUGAUGGGUCAGCUCACGAAUUAUUCGAAGCUGAAUGCGUGCGUAGGAAUAAUAGCAAAUUCCCAGCUCGACUCACACUUUUUACAACUCAUUUCUCAGAAAAAAGAACAGUCAUUGUUAUGACGAUCAAAGAUAUGACCUCAGAAAAGAAACAACAAACGUUGUUAAAUGAGGAGAAGAAGAAUUCGGAAAAUCUAUUGAAGAAUAUUUUACCGGAAGCAGUAGGAAAUCGUUUAAAGCAAGGAGAGACAUUUAUCGCAGAAAAACUAGGAGAUAUCACUUGCUUCUUUAGCGACAUGGUGGGAUUCACAAACUUGAGCAGCAAUAUGCAGCCUACUGAGCUAGUCCAAAUGUUAAAUACUAUUGUGAAUGGAUUUGACUCGUUGGUAGAGAUGUAUCGCUUGGAAAAGAUCAAAACCAUUGGUGAUGCCUAUUUUGCAGUUGGAGGGUUACAUGGUGCAGCAUCUUCAGAUCAUCCCGAACAAGUAUUAAGGUUUUCCAUGGACACGUUCAAAGUCAUUAGAGACUUUAACGACGGAAAGUAUGGAAUGACAUUGGAAGGAGAUCAAUUGUUGAAUAUCCGAGUGGGCAUCAAUACUGGACGAGCAGUAGCCGGAGUGAUUGGUAAAAUUAAGUUCGCCUACGACCUGUGGGGAGACACCAUCAACAUAGCCAGUAGAAUGGAAUCCACUGGAGUGCCGGGAAGAAUCCAGAUUUCCAGAUCAACCUAUGAGAGAGUGUAUGAUCUUGGUUUUGAGUUUGAGGAACGCCAUGUCGAUGUGAAAGGGAAGGGUCUAAUGCAGAGCUAUCUAUUGAAGGCCAAAUAUCACACCAAUCCUCUACCCGAACUCAAGAUCUCCAAUAACGCCAAUAACGCCAUGAUGGAGGAUGAAAUCCAUCAUCACAACCAUGGUCAUAUUGAACAGCACAUGUUGUCCAAUUCCUUGGAGUUUAGCACAAUAAGGGAUCCAAAUGCAGUAGAAAGUGACAAGCACAAUGAUGCUGAGUAA